GAACUGUGUGGUUUAUUUUAAAAGGCAUCCUUUUUCUAUGAGGCAGAGGGCGCGCAAUUUAUUGAUUCAAUAACAGAAGUUGUGCGCAUUAUUAAAAAUAACUUACUAAAAUAUUGGAGUAAUAAAUAAUAUUCAUAGUUCGGAAAAUAAACAAAACAGUUCAAAUCUGCUGGUUUACAUCAUUGUUUAUCUAUGGUUAACAUACGCAAAUAUAAUUUUACUAACCUAAAUGAGCAUUAAUUGACAGAUUUUUACUUUAUAUUUAUUAAAGCUGUAAACAUGAUGGAUAUGAAUCUUAUAAAACAUUGCACAGAUUUUAUAUUAAUGAUUAGGAUAUUUUGGUAACUUCAUAUUAAUUAUGGGUGGCUCAGUUAGUCAGGUAUUCCAGUCAGGCAGUGCUUUAUUGUCAAAUGGUCAUGGACAUAAAGUCUCCGAUUCAACUAGGCAAAAAGUGCAGACUAUCUUUGAUGCCUUACGAGCCAACCCAAAGAUAGGUGUUCAAAGAUUAGAUGGACUCUUAGAUAUUCCUAAAAAUGAAAAUAUUUUAGUAAUACACGAUGAAGCUGGCUAUAAUCUACUUCAAAAGUGUGUUGGUGCUAACAAUGUGGACCUAGUGAGGUGGCUUCUUUCCAGACACACUGCCGCGGACAUUAAUCGAUUUCCAUGUAGUCUUCCACUUCAUAUAGCCUGUUUAAAAGGACAUGACGACUGUGUUGAAUUAUUGUUAAAGCAUGGAGCCAAAGCAGAUGUUGAAGCUAGAAUGUGUUGGCCAGGUCCUCACAGUAAUAAUUGCGAGGAAAGCGGGAAAUUUACUCCCGCCGUCCAACAAGAGGAAAUCUGCAUUGAAAAGCUAGAGACUAGGCUAGAGCCAACCAAACCAUUUAGUAAACUUCAAUCUGCCAUUUAUUAUGCUUUAGACGGAGACCAGGUCAACAUUUUAACAUUGCUCUCGCAAAAAAGCGAAGAUCCUUGGAAUGGAAUAUUUAGGGCAAGAAAACCGCUGCUUCACGCUGCAUGCGAGAGGGGGGCAUGGCGUUGCACACAGCUAUUGGUGACUGAACGAACUGACGAAAUACACAUUUGUAAAGAUGAAUAUUAUCCAGUACAUUAUGCGGUGCUACAUAACGUUAAAUUUCUUGAAUUGUUAAUAGCAGCCGGUGCUCACACCAAUGUUAAAACUUGUACUCAACAAAUGACUCUUCUUCAUGUGGUAUUAUUGGUGGCACAUAAAAACGCAGAAGACACGAUAUCCACAAUUCGUUUGCUAUUAGAAAGUGGAUGUAAGGAGCUGAUUAAUACCCCAGACAGUUUGGGUAACACUCCACUACAUGCUCUUGUAGUACGUUAUGCCCUCGAGGAGGCACAAUAUGGCUACGACAAAUGGAACAAAUGGGAUGUUUUGUACUUGGUGAGAUAUUUAAUGCAGUACGGUGCCAAACAAUCCAUAAAUCAUGUGGGAAAUUCUGCAGUGGCAUGUGUUUUAAGGCAUAUCCGCGACUGGGAUGUUUGUUAUGAGUUGCUUAAUAUGUUAUUACAUGAAGGAGGAGAUCCAAAUAUGGUUGGUAGAGAUGGAUCUGUACCUUUAAUGGUUUGUUUAGUGCCAUUAAUAAAUAAAGAUCCUUUACAUCAUUUUACUCACAGUAUGAAAGUAUGUUAUUUAAACUGCAUCAGGAUAUUAUUAAAAGGAGGAGCCAACCCUAACUGCAGUUAUCGCUCUAACCUGACCCCUAUACAUGUCCUUGUGUUUACCGUAUCAGAAAAUAUUACAUUAAACAUCGACAGUCAGAAAGAAGUUAACUUCGAAUUUAUUAAAAACUUGUUAAUUUUAUUGUUGACCCAUGGACUCGACCCGAACGUUCGUAUUAGUACGCGAACUCAGCAUAUUCUUCAGUCUUGCAUGGAUAUGGUUCAAAACGUGAGAGAUUGUAAGGACAUUCACUAUGUUCACGACUUGACUCUCACUUUAAUACAGUAUGGAGCAAAUCCCGAUUUAAGUCUAAACAUGUCGGAAGCAAUAAAAAACCAUCCUUUAAAUUCUCAAAGCAUAUGGAAAACAAAAAAUUACAUCCUUUACUAUUAUAUAAUGUUGGUGAGUAGGAAAGAAAAUAUCGUCACAGAUCCAAAAAUGCGUUUCGCAAAAAUAGUGAAUCUCUUCUACUUGGUGAUGCAGCAUAAACCUCUGUUCGAAUGUCUUAGGAUUCUCUAUACUCAACAGCUUAGUCUUGUACCUGGAAAACUUACUGAACCUUUAACAUUUAUCAUCAGGGAUUUGUACAAAAGACCCAGAACAUUAAAACAAAUUUGUCGCGUUAAAAUUCACACCUGUUUGGAUCGGCGACCCGGUCUAUUUAUUAAUAAAUUAAACUUACCGAAUCAACUUAAGGAUUAUAUAUUGAACUUUGAGCCUUAAACUUGAGACUGUUAUAAAUGAAGAUUAAAAAAACAAUUACAAAUCUGGAUUAUAUAUGAGUUAUUAUUUAUUGAUCUAAGAAUAUAAGGACUAGGUUUAAUAAUAUAAAAAAAUCAUUAUCGCAUUAUGCAUCUACUAA